GGGAGGCCCGAGAGGCCCCGGAGGCCGUGGGUGCUGCCAAGAUGCCAUUAAGCACAGCUGGUCUCCUGAGCUCCUCCUCUAGCACUUCCAACAGGUCAAGGAACCGGACCCGCUACCGGACCAAGGCCAUGAACUCUGAGGUUGAUGAGAGCCUCUUUGGAGUUGGCAAGCCCUCCCAGCAGAACCGCUGUGAAAGCCCCAUUGUGAUUCUGAGGGAUAAGCAAAGUAUCCAGAAGAGCCUGGGCUGGACUCACAAGCCGGAGACCAUCCAGCUUAUCACUCGAGACAUGAUCCGGGAUCUUGUUAUCCCCUCAGAAGAUCCUUCAGGGGAGUCUCUUAUCAUCAGCCCUGAGGAGUUUGAACGGAUCAAGUUUGCUUCCCGUGUCCUCACCAAGGAAGAACGAGAUGCUAUUGAGGAGGCUUACAAGAAGGAGAAGACUGAUAUCUUGACUGCAGUGACUCUUCGAAAGCAGGUGAUGCAACAGAAGGAGAUGGUUCGGAGGAAGAAUAGGAAGCUCAGUGACCUGGAGGAGGAUGCCAAGGAAAGGGAACAUAAUCUCCUGGAGAAAGCCAAUGCAAUGAGGAUGGAGCAAGAUGUUGAGAUCAAAGACAUGAGCCAGAUAAUCCGAAAUGCCAGGUGUCAUGCCAUCCGGGAUGCUCAGAUCCUGGAGAAGCGAUUAAUCCAAAAGGAACUGGACACAGAGGACAAGCGACUGGACCAGAUGAUGGAAAUAGAACGGCAGAAAUCUAUACAGAGGCAGGAAGAGAUAGACAAUAAGCGGAAAGAGGAAAGAAUACGAGGAAGACGGCAUAUUAUCCAUCAGAUUGAAAAGAACCAGGAAGAGCGUUCACUGCAGGCUGAGGUCCGGGAGCAGGAGAUCCAGCAGAUGCUACAAUAUAUGGAGCAGCUCCAGGAAGAAGACAUAAAGAAUAUGGAACAAAGGCACCAGGAUAAGAUAAAAAUGCAGGCUGAGAUCAAGCGCAUCAAUGACGAAAACCAAAGGCGAAAGGAGGAAUUGCUGGCCCAGGAGAAGCUCGCGGAUCAGUUGGUGAUGGAGUUCACCAAGAAGAAAAUGGCUCGAGAAGCAGAGUAUGAGGCUGAACAAGAAAGAAUCCGAAAGGAAAAAGAAAAAGAGACGGCUCGGCUGAGGGCCAUGCAGGAGAAAGCCCAGGACUACCAGGCAGAACAGCAUGCCCUUCGGGCCAGGCGCAAUCAGGAAGCAGCAGAACGAGAAUGGCGCCUGAAAGAGAAGGAGGAUGCCCAGAAGAAAGUGGAAACCAACAACCAGCUGAAACAGAGCCGGAUGGAGCAGGUGGCUUACAAGGAGCAUACAAUGGCUGUGCAGGUGCAGCGGGAUCGAGAUGAAUUUGAGAGGAUCCUCAGGGCUCAGAGACAGCAGAUCGAGAAGGAGCGUUUGGAAGAAGAGAAGAAAGGCAAGGAGAAUCUGCAACAUGCCAAUGAGUUGCGGCGUCAGGUGCGAGAGAACCAGCAAAAGCAGGUGCAGGAGCGGAUCGCCACGUUUGAAGAGGGCCGGCGCCUCAAGGAAGAGGCCCAGAAGCGGCACGAGCGCAUCAAUGAAAUCAAGAAAAAGAAAAUAGAAGAGCUGAGAGCCACCGGCCUUCCAGAGAAGUACUGCAUUGAGGCAGAGAGAAAAGGCAAUAUUCAGUCAAGUGGAUCCAGUGAGCUAAGUGAAGGAGCUGCUGGAUCUUCCUCUUGAGCCCCUUUCAGGGACUGCCUGUGGCUUUGCCCCUGGAAUUCCACUAUUGCUGCUGACCCAAAGCUUUUAUAAAUAGAGAUUGGAUUCAUUAUAUUACUACUAGGGUUUGUACCUGAUUUUCUCUCAGUGUGGCUGAGGCCUGAAAUUGUUCCAUACCCAUUGGCAGGAGUGCCACGAUGGGCAAAGUGGGGCUCAGGGAGGUAGAACGGUGUGAUGGCAAGAGGAUGUUUCUUUCGUGUCACCUCCCCCUCAGAUCCUCAGGUCCCCCCAAAGAAUUCAGAUGUCCUUUUUUCAUCCCCAUAAUGGGAAAAAGAUGGAGCCUCAUGGGCAACUGGACCAUGGGAGAGACCUGUGGCACUGAGUGUGGGUGAACGAGCAGGGAACAACCAUGCCCUGACACAGUUUUGAUUCCUUUGGGAUGUGGACAUCCAGCAGGAUACCCCCUUGGCAGAGUUCCCUGCAGCUGAGAUGGAAAUGCUGUGUUCAGGAGGGAUGAGAGGAAGAGGGAUCAGGUAGGGCCUUGGCCUGGGGUAACACCCAUGAAUCAGACCACAUCUGUGAUCUAGAAUGGAUGGCGAUGAAUCCAGACUCCUCUUCCUUCAGCCCUCCUCUGCUGGAGCCCUUUCAACUCCAGGCAAUACCACAACACAGGCAUUGCUUCCACCUCCCUGUCCCCCAUAACAGGGCACACCCAGAGCCCCAGUGCUUGUCGCCCCACCCUGCCCCAUCUCCCUCACCCCAACACAGUUCUCUUUACCUCGUUUGCUUGCCUCCAUUCUCCUUACCCCACCCCACAUGCAGUUCACCCCAAUAAACAUGGUUUCCCU